CGCUCACCAGCUUUUUGUUGCUGUUGUUGUCUGUUCUCCUCGCAAACGCGAACGCGACUGCCACAGAAACAUUCGCAUCCACAACCCACGCAAAGUUCAGUGUCGCUUUUGCCAUCGCCAUCGUCGCCUGCAACGGCGAACGGGUUUAGCUUUCGGUUUUGCGAAAUCAGCAAAUUAAAAACACAGGACGACGGGCAGAAAAAAUAACCGCACAUUGAAACUUAAUUAAGCGAAUAGUGUGUUAUCCGAAAGGAGCCAUAAAAUAGUGAUUGCUUUAAUUCCGCACACAUAAGUAAUAUACUACCUAUAAACACAUUCUUGUGCAAUCGCCGUCAAAGUGUUAGGUUAAGAGCUUAAAGCAACAACAACAACAUGAUGCAUUUUUUGCUGCUUGCACUUAUCCUCGGAUCUUUUUAUAUUCCAGCCCAGCAAAGAAAGGUAGUCAGCUCUCCAGCGGCGCCGGCUGAGUCUAACCCAGAGUACACGGAAUACAAUGACGACGAAGAGGGGGCGCCCGACAAUUUUGCGGUUACGGAAACAACGGCUCCGGCUUUACAGCCGUACUUUGAGCAAAAGAAUGUCACCAUAUACGUUAAGCCCGAUGCGACUACAGUGAAGCUUGAUUGUCCAGUGAAGAACUUUGAUGCCGAACAUCACGUGAUUCUUUGGUACAUGGACCAAACACUAAUUACAAACGGGCAUGAGGCCAUCCAAAGCAUGUGGACUGUGGACAGCCAGUUCGCCUUGACCAUCACACCUCUCACUAACGUUACUGGCCGGAACUUUUCGUGCCACGUGAUGCCCCUAAAUGUUCGUCGCCAAAUCACCAUCGUGAUUGGCGAACCGCCUUCGACCGCAUCACCGAACGCUGCUCCAAACAUGCGAUAUCAACCCAUUUACUUAAUGACACUUUUUAUGAUCUUCCGGGCGAUAAUUGGCAAUUAAAUUUAAAUAUCUUUAGCACACACCACCGCAAUCAAUGCUAUCCUCUAUGUAUGUACCUUCUACGUACACGUAUGUAUAUGUAUGUAUAAAGAGCACAGAAAACUAUUUUUUUGAUCAAUUAUAGGCAGUUAGUACUGAUUAUACUCUACUAGCUCUAGUUUCCAGAUUUUCAAUGGUACAAGAAACCAGAUCAAACGAUCAAGAAAAUUCCAUCUAUAAAAUGUAGCACCUUUCAUAGAUAUUAUAUUCAAAUACUAUAUUAGAAACCACUAUUUGUCUAACGCUUGCUUACACUAUUCUUAAAACAAGGACUAAAUAUUUGUAUAAACUUAUUCACAAU